GUUACAGGCGCAAGCGGGGAUUUCAUAAUCUUCUCGGAUAAGAAGCAGACACUCACAUCAUCAUCAUCAUCUCUCUGAACCUCACUCUGUGUUCAGAGAAAGCUUUGAUGCUUUAAUGGCGUUUUACUGCAAUUACAAUUCAGUCUCCAUUUGUCAGAAACACAUUCACCUAAAUUCUUCAUUUUUACCUAAAUUCUUCCUACAUGACGUUUCACUGACUCCUAAGAAGAAGCAAAGGAGGAGAUGUUCGUUGCAAAUUAGGGCCUCCGCUACUGCCACCGUCGUUGAUACCGGAAAUGGCGCCGCCGUCUCGGUUGCUGCUUCGGAUUUGGCGACGACUUAUGGCCGACAGUACUUUCCAUUAGCUGCCGUUGUUGGCCAGGAUGCUAUUAAAACUGCUCUGUUGCUGGGGGCUGUUGAUCGUGAGAUAGGAGGGAUUGCAAUUUCAGGGAAGCGAGGAACUGCUAAAACAGUCAUGGCUCGUGGUUUACAUGCAAUUUUGCCACCAAUUGAAGUAGUUGCUGGUUCAAUGGCCAAUGCUGAUCCUGCCUGCCCUGAAGAGUGGGAAGAUGGACUGGCUGGGAAAGUUGAAUAUGAUUCUGCUGGUAAUAUCAAGACCCAGAUAAUAAAAUCCCCUUUCGUUCAGAUACCUCUUGGUGUGACUGAAGAUAGAUUAAUUGGAUCUGUUGAUGUUGAAGAAUCUGUGAAAUCAGGAACAACUGUUUUCCAGCCUGGUCUUCUUGCUGAAGCUCAUAGAGGAGUCCUUUAUGUUGAUGAGAUAAAUCUGUUGGAUGAUGGCAUUAGUAAUUUGCUUCUAAAUGUAUUGACAGAGGGAGUCAAUAUUGUGGAAAGAGAGGGAAUCAGUUUCCGACACCCUUGCAAACCACUUCUAAUAGCAACUUAUAAUCCUGAGGAAGGUGCUGUACGUGAACAUCUCUUGGACCGGAUAGCAAUAAAUUUGAGUGCAGAUCUUCCAAUGAACUUUGAAGAUCGUGUUGCAGCUGUUGAAAUUGCAACGCAGUUCCAGGAGCAGAGUAAUGAAGUUCUUAAAAUGGUGGAAGAAGAAAUGGAAUUCGCAAGAACUCAGAUAAUCUUAGCGAGGGAAUAUUUAAAAGAUGUUACCAUUGGCAGAGACCAGAUGAAGUACUUGGUUAUGGAAGCCCUACGUGGAGAUUGUCAGGGUCACAGAGCAGAACUGUAUGCUGCUCGUGUUGCUAAGUGCUUAGCUGCACUGGAGGGACGUGACAAAGUUAACGUGGAUGACCUCAAGAAAUCUGUCGAAUUGGUCAUACUUCCACGUUCAAUCUUUGUCGAAAGUCCUCCUGAUCAGGAAAAGCAGCAACCUCCUCCUCCCCCUCCCCCUCAAAAUCAAGAUCCGGCUGAAGAACAGAAUGAAGAAGAAGAUGAGAAUGACAAUGAUGAAGAAAAUGAAGAGAACGAACAGCAACAGGAUCAAGUACCUGAAGAAUUUAUCUUUGAUGCUGAAGGGGGUUUAGUGGAUGAGAAACUUCUUUUUUUUGCGCAACAAGCACAGAAACGUCGAGGAAAAGCUGGGCGAGCAAAGAAUGUUAUAUUCUCCGAGGAUAGGGGACGAUACAUAAAGCCCAUGCUUCCAAAGGGACCAGUGAAAAGAUUGGCUGUUGAUGCUACCUUGCGAGCUGCUGCACCAUAUCAGAAAUUGCGAAGGGAGAAGGACACCCUAAAGAGUAGAAGAGUUUUUGUUGAGAAAACUGACAUGAGGGCGAAAAGAAUGGCUCGAAAAGCUGGAGCCUUGGUGAUAUUUGUUGUUGAUGCUAGUGGCAGUAUGGCAUUAAAUCGUAUGCAGAACGCAAAGGGUGCCGCCCUUAAACUGCUGGCAGAAAGUUAUACUAGCAGAGAUCAGGUUUGCAUUAUCCCUUUCCGCGGAGAUGCUGCAGAAGUUCUCUUACCUCCUUCAAGGUCCAUUGCAAUGGCCAGGAAACGUCUAGAGAGACUGCCCUGUGGCGGGGGUUCUCCAUUAGCUCAUGGUCUUACCACGGCUGUGAGAGUUGGGCUUAAUGCUGAGAAAAGUGGCGAUGUUGGUCGUGUAAUGAUAGUUGCAAUAACUGAUGGUAGAGCCAACAUUUCUCUUAAAAAAUCUACUGAUCCUGAAGCUGUUUCCCCAGAUGCACCUAGACCAUCCACACAAGAACUGAAAGAUGAAAUCCUUGAGGUUGCUGGUAAGAUCUACAAAUCAGGGAUGUCACUGCUUGUCAUUGACACCGAAAAUAAGUUUGUUUCAACAGGGUUUGCUAAAGAAAUCGCAAGAGUUGCUCAAGGAAAGUACUAUUACUUGCCUAAUGCUUCGGAUGCUGUUAUCUCCGCAGCAACAAAGGAUGCUCUGUCUGCCUUAAAGAGCUCGUAAUAUUUGAGAUUUUAUUUACUGUGCAGAAAAGGAGGAGGAUUUUGUCUCUUCCUCUGUCUAUACGAGCAGCAGUUUAGUGCAUAUUUACCAACAUUUUGAAAAUCAUAGUAAUUUACCUCCUCAGUACUCCCUUGUGUGUUUUUCUCCCCCAAAACGAUGAUUUUCAUCAGUUCUAGCCUAAUCUAAUAUAGAUGUCUCUUCAUUAAUCACAGAUGACCGAAAAUUCGAUUAACUAUACACCGUUUUAAAAGAUGGAUCCUGAGAUUAAUGUAUUCCCUUUUACAUGUCCAAUAGCUUCUUGUUCGAGUUUUCAUGUAAAGGAGGCUUAAAGCUAUAAUAGUUAACAGUAAGUAAAACAAAAUUGAUUAUAUCGUUCAUUUGCUUUGCUUGUUUUGUUUUGUUCUUCUUCUUCUUCUUCUUCUUCUUCUUUAUUUUUUACUACUUCCG